AUGCCUACCCGUUUGUCGAAGACCCGCAAGCACCGCGGCCACGUUUCCGCCGGUAAGGGACGUGUCGGAAAGCACCGCAAGCAUCCCGGUGGUCGUGGUCUUGCCGGUGGUCAACACCACCACCGUACCAACAUGGACAAGUACCAUCCCGGUUACUUCGGUAAGGUUGGUAUGCGAUACUUCCACAAGCAGCCCAACCACUUCUGGAAGCCCAUCAUCAACCUCGACAAGCUGUGGUCUCUCGUUCCCCAAGAGACUCGUGACGCCUACGUCUCCGGCGAGAAGAAGGACACCGUCCCCGUCCUCGACCUCCUCCCCCUUGGUUACUCCAAGGUUCUCGGCAAGGGCCGUCUCCCCGAGAUCCCUCUUGUCGUCCGCGCCCGUUGGGUCAGCCGCCUCGCUGAGGAGAAGAUCAAGCAGGCUGGUGGUGUCGUUGAGCUUGUCGCUUAA